AUGGCUUGGUUUGCAUUGAACUUUAUGGGAAAAUUUGCAUUUGGAACCCAUAUACAAAAGAAUACAAACAAGUACCAGCAACCCCAAUUGAGUCUCCUUCAGCUGUGGCAAGUUGUAUACAAAUGUCAUAUGGGUUUGGUUUCUGAAGCUAGAAUUUAUACGUUAAGAUCGAAUUCAUGGAAAAGCCUCGGAUUUAUUCAGUAUGAUUUUUCUUGGGACAGAAAUCGCGGUCAUCUUGUUAAUGGUGUUCUUUAUUGGAUUGCAGUUGCUCGCCAUUCUGAAUCCAAAGCCUCUUGCGUGACAGUGUCCUUCGAUAUCUGUAAUGAGACCUUUCGUGACACAUCAUUACCUGUCAACUGUUGGAUUAACCAUGGCAUGUCAGAAUUAGGUACAUGGGAAGGAAAACUCUGCCUUGUUCUUAAGCAUAAGAAGGAUGAUGCUGCUGUGUGGACGAUGAAGGAUCACAGAUGGAGUAAGCAUAUGAACAUUACAGAAGAUAUAGCAGAUAUGAUUUACGGAAGGCCAAUUCAGAUUUUCCAGAAUGGUGAAAUCCUUUUUGAGAGUUAUCUAUGGAAAGAGCAGAAAGUUGGUUUGAUGUCAUAUGACCCAAAGCUCAAAAGAGCUAGAGUCCUAAAGAUAUCUAAUCUUCCGAAGCUCUGUGAUAUAGAACCUUUUAUGGGGACUCUGGUUUCACUAAACUCAGGUGAUUUUCUUGGGCAAGAACAUCUAGAGGAAGAAUGA